AUGAUCUUAACGUACUGGAUAAGGUUCGCAGGCGACGAAGACGUAGAAGAAGGUGAGGGUCAGAUUGAUAACUCGGGGGAGAGUGAUGAAGCACCGCCAAAAGAAGAUGAUGAUUACUCUCCAGAAGAUGGCAGAAAGAAAAAGAAAGGCAAGAAAAGAAAAGCAAGAGGAGAAGAAAAGAAAGGAAGAAAGAAAAAGAAGAAGCGAAAGAAUGAGAGUGAAGAUGAUGAUGACUUUGGUCUGGAGAUUGAGGCCGAGGGUGACAGUGAUUAUGCACUAAGUGCGGUGUCUUCAAGCAAGAAGUCCCGGAAAGGAAGGACCAGUAAACACAAUACAUCCGCACCCUCGGUUCCUGACUCGGGAUCAGGUAUGCCGACAGUUGAAGAAGUGUGCUCUACAUUCGGCCUCACAGACGUUGAUAUUCAGUAUUCAGAUGCUGAUCUUGAAAAUUUAACAAGCUACAAGUUGUUUCAACAACAUGUCCGCCCACUUAUUGUGAAGGAAAAUCCUAAGGUACCAGUGUCGAAGUUGAUGAUGUUAGUUGCGGCGAAAUGGCGUUUGUUCUGUGAGAGAAAUCCACAUCUAGAUGGUGGCAGUCAGAACAUGGGUUCAGAAGAUAAUACUAACACGUCCACUACAUCAGACUACACGCCGAAGAGGCCCGGACGUACUCCAAAAGAAACUAAAAUCGAGGAUUCCAUUGAUGAACCUGAGGAAGAGGAUAUGAGUGACGAAGGAACGCCCGCUCCUCGAAAACGUGGCCGCAAGCCAAAGCACGCGCCACGCGGCAAGCCGGGACGUAAGCCUAAAGUGCCCACUCUCAAGAUCAAGUUCAGUAAACGGAAACGCACUAGCAGUGAAGAAGAUCAAGAAGGCAGUGCUGGUGCGAAUACAGACUCGGAUGAAGAAUUUGAACAGCUAUUGGCUGAGGCCGAAGAACCGAGACCCGUUGCAAGUACCACAGAAGAAACACCGCAACAGAAGGAGGACGAUCCCAACUUACCACAACAGCCAAAGAAGAAGGCUAAAACAAAAAUCGGCAACAAGAGCAAAAAGAAGAAAAAAACGAAAUCAACCAACAAAUUUCCAGAUGGCGCUGAAGGUGAACAGGAACAUCAGGAUUACUGCGAGGUGUGUCAACAAGGGGGUGAAAUAAUACUAUGUGACACAUGUCCUCGUGCGUACCAUUUGGUUUGUUUGGACCCUGAAUUGGAGGAGACGCCCGAAGGUCGCUGGUCAUGCACAUACUGCCAGGCCGAGGGUAACCAGGAACAGGAAGACGAUGAUGAGCAUCAGGAGUUCUGCAGGAUUUGCAAAGAUGGAGGAGAACUAUUAUGUUGCGACUCAUGUCCGUCGGCAUACCACAGAUUCUGUUUAAAUCCACCACUAGAAGAAGUCCCAGACGGCGAAUGGAAAUGUCCACGAUGUAGUUGUCCACCUUUGGAUGGUAAAGUCGCUAAGAUUUUAACAUGGCGAUGGAAAGAACAGCCGGCAAAGUCAAAGGCGCCACGUUCGAGAGAGUUCUUCGUAAAAUGGCAUGAGCGUUCCUACUGGCAUUGCAGUUGGAUUUCUGAGAUUCAGUUGGAUGUAUUCCAUCCCCUGAUGUAUCGCUACUAUAUGCGUAAAUCUGAUCCCGAAGAACCGCCCAAGUUGGACGACGGGCUCGAGGAACGCGAAGGUCGCAGGCGGAUGAAGCAUAGCAAGCAACAUCACCAAGACAACGAUGAAAAACUAUUGGAGGAGAAAUACUAUAGAUACGGCGUAAGACCGGAAUGGCUAAUAGUACAUAGAGUGAUUAAUCAUCGUACAGCCCGCGAUGGUACUACAUACUAUUUGGUUAAAUGGAGAGAUUUAUCUUACGAUCAGGCCACUUGGGAAUCUGAGCACGAAGAUAUAGCUGGGCUCAAGAAUGCCCUUGAAUAUUAUCAGGACAUGCGCGCUUAUAUCACUUCGGAGGGAAAAACUAAGGGAAGUAAAGGCAAAAAGGCCGGUCGUAAGAGUAAGAACAAAGAUAACAUUGAUGACGACGAGAGCAGCAGUGGUCUGCAGUUCAAAGGGAGGAAAUACAAUCCGCCACCUGACCGCCCCACCACUAACCUAAACAAGAAAUAUGAAGAUCAGCCUCCAUUCGUAUAUGAAACUGGUAUGCAGCUCCAUACAUACCAAUUGGAUGGACUUAAUUGGUUGCGGUACUCCUGGGGACAAGGAAUUGACACAAUACUUGCCGAUGAAAUGGGUCUCGGGAAAACCAUUCAGACUGUGACAUUCCUUUACUCGUUGUUUAAGGAAGGUCAUUGCAAGGGACCUUUCUUAGUAUCUGUACCCCUUUCGACAAUUAUCAAUUGGGAGAGAGAGUUUGAACUGUGGGCGCCAGAUUUAUACUGUAUCACAUACGUCGGUGAUAAAGAUUCAAGAGCAGUUAUUAGAGAAAAUGAACUAACUUUCGACGAUGGUGCCAAUAGAGGAGGGAGACCGUCUAAGAUAAAGUCUCAAGUGAAAUUCAAUGUACUUUUAACCUCAUAUGAACUUAUAUCAAUUGAUUCCACGUGUCUCGGUUCUAUAGACUGGGCAGUUCUGGUCGUGGACGAAGCUCACAGACUUAAAAGCAACCAGUCUAAAUUUUUCCGUCUUCUUGCUGGAUAUCACAUUAAUUACAAGCUUCUAUUGACGGGAACUCCAUUACAAAACAAUCUAGAAGAAUUGUUCCAUCUUUUGAACUUCUUGAACAAAGAUAAGUUUAACGACUUAGCCGCUUUCCAAAAUGAAUUCGCGGAUGUAUCGAAAGAGGAACAAGUUAAAAGGCUUCACGAAAUGUUGGGGCCUCACAUGCUGCGUCGUCUUAAGGCUGACGUAUUGAAAAACAUGCCAGCGAAAUCAGAGUUCAUUGUGCGUGUAGAAUUGUCACCAAUGCAGAAGAAAUAUUAUAAGUACAUCUUGACGAGAAACUAUGAAGCUUUGAAUCCUAAGAGCGGUGGUCAAACUGUGUCGUUACUUAAUGUCAUGAUGGAUCUUAAAAAGUGUUGCAAUCACCCAUAUCUGUUUCCUGUAGCGGCAGAGGAAGCACCGCUCGGACCUCAUGGCAAUUAUGAAACCCAAGCUCUGGUUAAGGCAUCCGGAAAACUAGUGCUCAUGUCUAAAAUGUUGAAACAGCUCAAAGAACAAGGACAUAGGGUACUUAUAUUCUCUCAAAUGACGAAAAUGUUGGAUAUACUAGAAGAUUUCUUAGAAGGGGAAGGAUAUAAAUACGAAAGAAUUGACGGUGGUAUUACAGGAACUAUCCGUCAAGAAGCCAUUGAUAGGUUUAACGCCCCGGGCGCUCAGCAAUUCGUUUUCCUUCUCUCAACAAGGGCUGGUGGUCUUGGAAUCAAUUUAGCCACAGCUGAUACUGUAAUUAUUUACGAUUCAGAUUGGAAUCCUCACAACGACAUUCAGGCGUUUUCGCGUGCUCAUCGUAUCGGUCAAGCCAACAAGGUGAUGAUUUAUCGGUUCGUAACGCGAAACAGUGUCGAAGAGAGAGUAACGCAAGUAGCGAAAAGGAAAAUGAUGUUAACUCAUUUGGUUGUGCGUCCGGGUAUGGGUGGGAAAGGUGCAAACUUUACUAAACAAGAACUGGACGAUAUCUUGAGAUUCGGUACAGAAGAGUUAUUCAAAGAAGAGGAAGGCAAAGAAGAAGCUAUACAUUAUGACGAUAGAGCGGUGUCCGAAUUACUCGAUCGUUCGAAAGAAGGUAUCGAGCAGAAGGAAUCGUGGGCUAAUGAAUACCUUAGCUCCUUUAAAGUUGCCAGCUAUUCAACCAAAGAAGGCGAUGGUGAAGAAGAAGUGGAUACUGAAAUCAUCAAACAAGAGGCCGAAAACACCGAUCCCGCGUACUGGAUCAAGUUACUUAGGCAUCAUUACGAGCAGCAUCAAGAAGACCAGGCGAGAACUCUCGGUAAAGGGAAGAGAGUUCGUAAGCAAGUUAAUUACAGCGACGGUAUAGUUGCUCAGACUGAAAAUAGAGAGGAUACUACUUGGCAAGAAAACGGAUCAGAUUAUAAUUCUGAUUUCUCCCAGGGCAGUGAGGAUGAUAAAGAGGAUGACGAUUUCGAUGAAAAGAAUGAUAACGGUGAUUUACUCAGUCGUCGUAGUAAGAGACGUUUGGAAAGAAGGGAGGAAAGAGACAGGCCGUUACCGCCACUGCUUGCUCGUGUCGGUGGUAAUAUGGAAGUGCUUGGUUUUAACGCACGACAACGUAAAUCUUUCCUCAAUGCCAUUAUGCGAUACGGUAUGCCACCGCAGGACGCCUUUAAUUCUCAAUGGCUGGUCAGAGAUCUCAGGGGAAAAUCUGAACGCAAUUUCAAGGCAUACGUUUCCUUAUUCAUGAGGCAUUUGUGCGAGCCAGGAGCGGAUAAUGCUGAGACAUUUGCCGAUGGUGUUCCUAGAGAAGGAUUAUCGAGACAACACGUUCUGACAAGGAUCGGUGUCAUGAGUCUUAUUAGAAAGAAAGUCCAGGAGUUUGAACACAUCAACGGUUACUACAGUAUGCCAGAAUUGAUAAGGAAGCCAGUAGAGCCAGUAAAGAUAGCGGGUGCUGAGAGCGCUGCGCCUAGCCCGGCGCCGUCCACAGCUACACCCAUUACUUCAGCGGCCCCAUCACCAGCUCCCACUCAAGUCACUCAAGCAUCAGGUCAAGCUCCAACACCGGGUAGCUCCGAGAAAGAUGAGAAGGAAGAAACGAAGGACGACAAAUCUGAAAUUAAGGAUAAAGAAAAGGACGAACCGAUGGACAUUAGUGACAUUAAGGAAGAAAAGGAUAAAUUUGACGAAAAGGAAACAAAGGAUAUCAAGGAAGAGAUAAAAGAAGAAAGGAGAAUGUCUGUCGAUGAGGAGCCCGCCAAAGAUGAAGAGAAAUCGGAAGAGAAGAAAGACGACAAAGAUGAAAAAAUCAAAGAAGAAAAUAAAGAGGAAUCAGAUAAGAAGGAUGACGCGAGGAGCGACAAGACGGAGUCGGAAGGGUCAGAUAAACCGAAAGACGAGAAGAAGGACGAAGAUGACGACGACGUUGUGAUUGUCAAAGAAGAGGACGAUCUGAAAGUGGAGCGGCGCAAGUUCAUGUUUAACAUCGCGGACGGCGGCUUCACAGAACUCCACACGUUAUGGUUAAACGAGGAACGUGCGGCGGCGCCGGGCAGGGAGUACGAGAUAUGGCACAGGAGACACGACUACUGGCUGCUGGCCGGCAUCGUGACGCACGGCUACGGCCGCUGGCAGGACAUACAGAACGAUCUGAGGUUCGCGAUCAUCAACGAACCGUUUAAAAUGGACGUCGGCAAGGGGAACUUCCUCGAAAUCAAGAACAAGUUCUUAGCCAGGCGGUUUAAGUUGCUGGAACAGGCGUUGGUUAUAGAAGAGCAGCUCCGUCGUGCUGCUUACCUCAACCUGACGCAGGAUCCCAACCACCCGGCCAUGUCGCUGAACGCGCGCUUCGCGGAGGUGGAGUGUCUCGCAGAAUCACAUCAACACCUCAGCAAGGAAUCGCUGGCCGGAAAUAAACCAGCUAACGCGGUCUUGCAUAAGGUGUUGAACCAGCUGGAGGAGUUAUUAUCGGAUAUGAAGUCUGACGUGUCCCGUCUGCCGGCCACGCUCGCCCGCAUCCCGCCAGUGGCGCAGCGUUUACAGAUGUCAGAGAGGUCCAUACUGUCACGGCUCGCAGCCACCGCGGGGAACCCCGUGCCCGCAGCUCAAAUGGCCCAGUUCCCUGGUGGUUUUGGAGCGGGCGGUACCCUGCCCGGGUUCUCUCCGGCCGCGGCCGCUGCUGCUAACUUCACUAACUUCCGGCCGCAGUAUUCUGUCCCUGGACAGCCAGCCGCAGCCACAGCCACCGCCUCCAAUGUGAAUAUAUUAUAA